AUGCGAAUAUACAGUUAUUUAUGUAAGAAAGUUGGAGAUUUAACUGUUAAAUACUCUAACCUGCCCGAGUCAUACAUUAAAAGAAGCUAUGAACAGGUUUAUUGGAGAAAUCCAAAAGGAUACCCACAGUACCCAGCUGCUCAAAUAGCGCGUAAAAAGUACCGUUUCACUACAAACAGGCCGUGGACUAUACAAUUUUCGAGGCAAAAUGAACGUGGUACUCUCAGAAAAAAGGUGUUCUUAGAACCCGUUGGAGAAUGGAAGUUUUUCAAGGGUGACCGAGUGGAAAUCAUGGUCGGUAGAGAUAAAGGAAAACAAGGACUUAUAAGCCAAGUGAUUCAAGAGAGGAAUUGGGUUAUAGUUGAAGGCAUGAACACACACUAUAGAGUGGUUGGUAAAGAAAAAGACUUCCCCGGUAUAACAAUACAAUCUGAAGCACCGUUGUUAGUUACAACAGGUGUAAAGCUCGUUGAUCCUGAAACAUUGAAAUCAACGGAUGUCGAGUGGAGAUUUACAGAGGAUGGUGAAAAGGUCCGGGUGUCAACAGUAACUGGUCGUAUAAUACCAAUACCAAAAUCAGCUGAAGAAACUUUUGAUUAUAAGAGUAAAGAACUGUAUGUAGAGAACGAAGCCAAAGAUACAACGGCCAGUGAAGUUACUAAGGUCCAAUACAAAGCGGCUUUAGUCGAAGUGAAUAAGACUGAUGUGGGAAUUAAUAAAUAUGAAGAUAUUAUUCUGGAAGCUUCUAAAAACAACGUCGACAUAUUAUUUCUAACAAGUUUACCGAAGGAGGGAAUUGAUACGUGUACGAGCUCAAACAAUUAUGAUGAGUUAUCAAGCUCCCUGUCUCCCUCAGUGAGGGCAGGUGGUGUGUAUGUAGUGAUUGAGUCUUCUAUGAACAAUGAGUGUCACUAUGAACAACAUGCUUCAUAUGAAUAUGUGGUGAUUGAUAGAGAUGGCGCUGUUGUUGCUGUUUACAGGGAACCAACUUAUUUUGAUACAAAAGCCAACAUCACUAAUACUAAGAUGAUCAAAUUCACUACCGAUUUUGAUGUAACUUUUGCCAUCGUCAAAGAAGAGGAUAUAUUUUUAAAUGGAAUCGAUUAUUUCGGUGGAAUUAAGAAUUUCAUAGUGACCAGAUCUCAAGAAAAUAUUCCUUUAUCAAUAGCCGAACAACUCACAUCCUCUUGGUCUUACAUUAAUGAAGCGAAUGUAAUUUCACCAUACGGAAUAUUCGGUGGAAAAAUUGAUAUAAAUAAUAAUAUAAAAGUAGCUGAAUUGAAGAAAUAUGGAGGUUCAUCACCUUCAAUAAUUAUAUCAGAAUUUAAUCAUGAGAAUUCUAAAACAAUGAAUGUCGAAGCAAGUGUCAAGGGCUACACUGAUGUUGUAUGCGAUGGAAAUUUCUGCUGUAAUUUUCAUAUUAAAACUUCUAAUUAUGAGCCCGAAGCAAAAUAUUAUCUGUCAGCAUCAGAAGUUGUUGUUCAAAUUAAGAAAAAUAUGAUAAACUUACAGACUUGUGUUAUUGGAUCCAAAAGCAACGAAGGUAUUAAAUUCGACAAGAUCACAAUAAAGGGAAACUUCACCGACUCAAUACUAUACCCAAUGGCGUCGAACGAACAGACUAUUAAUAAAAUAUAA